AUGUCGUUGCAAAUGUCGCUCGUGUUUAGCACGAUGGUUGCCCAACUGCACUCCCAACACUUUAAAGUAGUGCUCAUAUUCAGUCUCGUGCUUAUGUCAUUGCAAUUCUGGGAUUGUCUUGCAAGAUUGCAAAAGUACCAAAAAAUACAAGAGCAGAUCAAUGGCAAUCCCCAGUAUGGUGGCGGUUUUAUCAACUAUGAUAAGUUGGCAAGCAAAUUCUACUCAGAAAGGAAUUUAUAUUUGAGCGGUGCUAUUUUGUACUUGCAGUUGUGUAUUGGAACCGUGGUGACUAUAGUUAAGAAAUUAGUGUUGAAACAAAAGAUUUUGAGGGAUCAUUCAGUUGAGUUAAAGAAGAAAGGUUUAGCUGGUAGAGAUGCCGAGAGAAAGAAGACAGAUGAAGAGAUUACAGAGAUAGUAAGGUUGAAACAGUUGAUUGAAGUGAAACUGAGAGAUGUUAAAGUAUUGAAAAAGCAAAUAAAGGGAAUGCAAGCUACGUAUGAUGGAAUGAAUGCAACUGGAAUAAGAAAUAAGGAUGAUUAG